AUGAUAACUUGAAUGUUGAGCACAUGAAUUCUGACUGUGACCAACACAUCAAGAGUAGAGUUAGAUAUCAUCAAUCCGAAUUUUGUACGAAACUAAACUAUGUGUAUACUUCUCGCCAGUGUGACGAAUAUUUCAACUAUUUGGCUGAAUUGAGAAGAAUUAUUUUUGGUGACAAACAAUAUUCGGAAAAAAUGAAACCAAAAAACAAUUGUGACCCAAUUAGACACUCAAUUCAUUAUCGCACACGGGACGGCAAAACUCUGGUUUAUGAGUUGGGAAAUACGUCAGACUACGGCAUUAAUCUUUUUGCAAUACCGUCUGAAACAAAAACGGUUGCAACAAAAACGUAUUAUGCAGAAGAACACGUACUCACUCAGCCGGAGACUUGUCGAGUGUUACCUCUCACUCACUGCUUUCAUCUUGUAAAACAGCCAUCGGACAACGUGAGCCCAUCAAAAUUACGCAAUAAGAUGUGUGAUGCUCAUCUGGGAAGCUCAAAAACAUUUUCCACAAAUCAAGAAUGUCUACAGUUGUCUCAACCUCCAGAUGAUCAAAACAACUUCCACAUUAUCGACCAACAUUUGUGUUUUGCCUGUGUCGACGACUUUUCAGAAGAGCAUGUUGGAUUUGAAGACGCUGAAAGUCUGAGUGACGUGGUAGAUGAAGAUUUUGCAGUAAUGGAAGAAUUCGCGAGCGUUUUGGAGGAGACGGGAUCGGUUUUUGAAGAGUUGGGUGAUGAUGAUUCAAUUGAAGACAAUUGUUCCAUAUCCGAUGAUAAAGUGAACAGGAUUGUGGGAAUUGUGAAGAGACAAAUUGAAUUUUCAAAAGACAGACACAGUAGAUCUGAAGAAAGAAAUGUUUGUCAUCUCCAGGAUCAAACAAUUUCUGAACAACCACAUUUUCAUUCAGCUGUGCUUGAAAAAUCAGAUGAAAACAUUUCCUGGGUGCAGCUGCCCACAUUUCAACUUCCAUCACUAUUUUCAAAACAGCCUAUUCUCCCACCAAAUGUGAAAAUGGAAUCGGAAAAACAAGAAGACGAGGCUAAUUUUGAUUAUUCUUUACAAUCAGUACCAGAACCGUCCAGUGCUUAUCUUCCUCAUGAAACUGAUCAAAAUCAAAGUAGUACUUCUUUCCCGCAACAAGAAUCUGACAAUGAAGAUUCUGAGACAAGUUCUCCUGACACACCUGAAAACGGCAGUGUACUUGUGAAUAUGAUUCAAGAUUACGUUCAAAUGGUAAUGUCCGUGUCUCGAGAAUUUCAACAGUCACACAGAGAAGAAGCCUCACAAGCGAAAACUUCCGAGCUCGUCAGUCUGGAUCUACAGUUGCUGACAUAUGCUUCGAAAGCUGACCAGAUAGAAGAAGAUCCUCGACUGAUGCUGAGAAGAUUGGCUCCACGAAAAACGUCAGUUGAUAAAUGGAAAAGUUCUACUUUGUUGAAUGAAACUGUUAAACCCUCGGCUACUGAAAAAGAGAAAGUUUUUGAAAAAUUGUCAGCAAAUGGUGAAGACUACAGUAGAGAGAAAGCCGCCGAUCAAGAGUCUACUGGAAAUCAUUUUUUUCGUACAUUAACGUCUGAGCUUGAAAUCAACCAACCGGGAAUACCAAAAACUCCAGAUGUUAGUUGUUUCUUUUCAGAAGACAGUGUUUGUUCUGAGUAUGCUCCAAAUCUCCAAGAAGAAAAUCUUCCACCGGUUUUACUCAAUUCGAAUACGCAACCAGAAACCGAUUUUGAAUUUCAAGUAGACACAUCAACUUCUGAAAUUUUAUCAGACCAAUCAAAUAUGAACAUCACAUUUGAACCGAUCGAAGACAUCGCUGAAGAUCGGCCAAAAUUGAAUGGAGAGGAAAUUGUUCAAGUUCAGAUCAUGGAAAGCACUUCUAGAUCCACUGCACCUUCAAACAUUAAUCUUUCUGAAAACUCUGACGUCACACCGUUUACUAGCAACUGGAAGGAAAUAACAUGUGAUGUUGAUUGUGAGGAUACGUCACAGAAAGAGCAUUGUGCACAUUCAAACGCUAUCACUCCCGAAACAGUUUUUGAUAUUUCACCAGAAUUGGGAAAGAGCAAACAACAUUGCAUCGAUAAACAAGCUGAAUAUAGCGGAAAACUUGUUCACUUGAAAAACCAUAUUGAAGUUGCUUCUGUUUUGGAGAGCAUCCUGGUCGAAGUAUCCAACAAUACUGAUUCUAAUGCAACAUUGAACUCUGCAACUUCUCAAGAAAUCUUCGACGUGGUUGAACUUCUGCAAGUACCAAUUGAGAUUACUGUAGAUGUGUUGCCGGAAAUAGAAGACCAAAGCGAUACUGAAACGUUCACACCUGAAGAAGCCACACCAUCCGUAUCUGUAUUCGAUGAAGUUCAGUGUUCCCUUUCUAUCAGUAUGGAUACUACUCUAAAGACGGUCAAUUCAAAGGUUUUAAUCAACACGGAAUUUUUACAAGAGAACUCGUUAACCAUCAAUGUCAUUGAUAGUUGUUAUCACGAAAACAUCCAAAACCAUGUGCUCAGCUCAAUAAAUAACAAUUUGGAAAUUGUUGAAAUUUCAAACAACAUUUUGAGCAAAGCAUCAAGUUACUCAGAACUCGUUGUUGAUGAUAUUGUUAUCACUGUUGUCCCAGAUAUGCUUUGUCAUGUUACCUUUCAGGCUCUUCCACCAAUUAUCUCUAGGAAAGUCGAUGAAAAUCGAAUUGGAGACGAAAAUGUUCUUCUGAAUAAUUUAAAUAAUGUUACAAUGAGAAGUGGGAGAAGCCAAACUCAACACUCAAAAAUUUUUAUCAAUAAGGACGUCCACCAUUUUUUGCAAGAUCAAAUCAACUUUCUGGAACGACAAGAACAAACAAAUGAUGCAGAGGACAGUAUAUCGGUUACAUCCAGCUUUUCCACUUCAAAUACGAACGAUAACGAUUUGCAAUCUUGUGUUCCGCUGAGUAUAGAAGAAACCUGGGACAUUGAAGUUGGGCUGAACCACUUUUUGAAUUGGCUACACGGUUUGUCCGAAAACUCAAGUGAUGCUGGGCCGACUGAAGAUUUUCCACAAAACACAAUCAGUCUUGACUUUAACAUAGAACAUGAAUUAAUAGCAUCAGAAUUGCCGGAAAGAAAAGAGGCCACUGGAGAUUCUGAGGGUGACAACAAGAAAGCGACAAAAACGUUUGAAAAUAGUAAAUCUUUAGCAAAGUGUGGUAUGUCCAAUUCAAUGGAUGUUCUCGAACCACGAAGUUUCAAGGAAAAAAUUCAAGACCGGCGCUCUCAAACGUGUGAGCAUUCUUCCGAAAAUCAAGGUCUAGAAGAAGUCAAGUUAGAAAGAUCAGAGCAAGAUCCCAAUUCAAUGGCGUGCCUGCUAGAAAUCAGCACAGCAGAUAAUUUCGAAAAUGCGGAAAAUCAGUUAGAAUAUGAUCAACAAUUGGUAGUUUUCAAUCUGGACAACAUACAAGAAGCCUGCGGACAAACGAACAACAUAGGCAGCACUGAAACGAGUUCAAAAUCAACUGAGCAAUCCGAGGACAUUGACAAACUCGAUCAUCAUUUCGAGGAUGCAUGUGAGAGAAAGUAUUGCGAAACUGAUACAAUGCUCAAGGAAAAUCCAGACAGUACGAGAAAAAUGGCAAAAAAUCUCAAUGAAAACGAAAGUGGUAUAAACAUUAUAAAAGAUUCCAACUCGGAAUACAAAAGUGAAAUUGCUGAAAUGGAUCUAUUCUAUGCCAACUUCGAAGUUCCGUUGCCUGAUUCAAGUUGCAUCAAAAUUUCGGAAAUGCAAAAUAAUCUCGCCUCAUUGGUUGAUCAUCUUUUGUCUGAUCAAAUUCAAGCUGCUGUCCAAGAAGCUUCCAAGCUGAUCUGUCACAGAAUGAUACCCCUCGCCAGAAAUCAGUCUUGUAAAAUCAUUGAGGAUACAUUUUAUACCGAGUAUAUUGCUGAUAAAACAGCAUCAGCAGUCACGGAAAAAGAAAACGUCGAAGAUUGUACCGAUACUUCAUUUUGCGAUCAAUCAAGGAAUGUUGAGAGAUGUUGCACUACGCUAGAUACCGACAAAGCUGUGGUUAAACAAUUUUUGAAUAGAAUGAUGCAUGAUCUAGUCUCCGAUGCAGUUCUCGAAGCGUGUCUGGUACCCGCACAUUUUCCCGAUUCAAUUGAAACAGCAGUAUGUGAGCAUUUCGAUUCUUUCCCAGAUAUCCCAAAGUUAUUCUUGUCGCCAAAACUGGAGGAUUUGAGCCAAUCAACUUCACACAAACCAAUAUCUGAACUUCAGUCCAGUUCCUCAGAAAACAGAGUUUCUUUGAAUGAAGUUUUCGAAGAAAAGAUGUGUGACGUGUUAAGAGAAAAUACACAUUUGGAAACUAAUGCAGAUCGCGAGCCGUUUAGAAAUAAUUUAUCAAGAUCCAAUUUGGAAACUUGUCAAAACAUUAUUGAUUUGACACCCGAAUCCAGCGAUUCUAGCAUUUGUGCAGAAGUAUUCGUUCCGACAAACUCAACACCACCUUCGGAGACUUCCCCUACCGACAUUAGUUUGAACUCUUCGGAACAGCAGAACACUUCUUCGGUAUUAGAAGAAGUCUCAUAUUUCUUCACAACCGCGUGUGUUGCUGCACUUGCAUUCAUGUCCCCGGCAGAAAACGAUUCAUUAUUAAAUUCGGAAAUCAUUGAAAAUGCAUCAAAAUAUAUAUCCAACUCUCCGGAAGCAAAUGAAAAAUGAGACAAUUAAAAACCCUAGAUAUUCAUUGAUUUUUUGAUAAAUAAAAUUUCCCAUUCUAUUUUUGGAAUAAACAUUUAAACU